AUGCGCAGGCGUAAUUGUGCGUUUCAGACACAUAAAAAACGUGGCACUGUUGAAUCACAAGCAUGUUUCAAGAAAUGGCGUAAGGAAGUAAAAAAUGCUUUAAAAAAACUGAAGCGCGUUCAUUUUACACGCAUUGCAAAAUCUUUCACAUCACCCGCUACUUUUUGGGCAGCAAUUAAUCGUAUAAGACAGGGUAACACUGGUCUCCCUGCAACAAUUAGUAACGGGACAAAAAUAGCCUCAACAGAACAGGAAAAGGCGGAUCUAUUCGGAGAUUAUUUCUCCAACUGUACCCUACCUGUUUCUGGACCAAUGCCUACACCUAUAACUACCUUUUUACCUACGUCUACGUUAAACCUAGUUUUCCCGUCACCACAACAAAUAUCUACGGCCAUAAAUAAUUUACGCGAUGAUAUUGCUUGUGGCCCUGAUGAUAUACCAGU